AUCGGUUCAGUUUUUUUUUUUAUAUAUAUUGCAGUUCUCUCCUUCUCGUACAGAAAUUUGAUUCGGCCGCAGCUGACCGUCCUCCCACACGCGAAACUUCUUGCCACCUCUUGAGGCUAGGGUUAGGGUUAGGGUUUCAGUUGGUAUAAGCGGAUCCAUAGCUUCUAAGAAGUAAGUGAGGGAAUGGCGCAGGCUGUGGAGGAAUGGUACAAGCAGAUGCCGAUCAUCACGCGGUCUUAUCUUACGGCCGCCGUUGUCACAACCGUCGGCUGCUCCCUUGAUAUCAUAUCUCCUUAUCAUUUGUAUCUGAAUCCUAAGCUCGUGGUUAAGGACUAUGAGAUCUGGAGGCUUAUUACAAACUUCUUCUACUUCAGGAAAAUGGAUUUGGACUUUCUCUUCCACAUGUUCUUCCUUGCUCGAUAUUGCAAACUACUUGAGGAGAACUCAUUCAGGGGACGAACUGCAGAUUUCUUUUAUAUGCUUCUAUUUGGUGCCUCGGUUUUGACUGGGAUUGUUCUCGUUGGUGGCAUGAUUCCAUAUGUUUCUGCAAGUUUUGCAAAGAUUCUAUUUCUAAGCAACUCAUUGACCUUCAUGAUGGUUUAUGUCUGGAGCAAGCACAAUCCCUAUAUCCACAUGAGCUUCCUUGGCCUUUUCACCUUUACCGCUGCUUACCUACCUUGGGUCCUCCUUGGUUUCUCCAUUCUUGUGGGUACCAGCACAUGGGUUGAUCUUCUGGUCAUGCUUAUUAUUAUCUGGAAGAUGUGUACCCCCGGAUGACCGGCCGACGACCCCUAAAGACUCCUGCUUUCAUCAAAUCGCUGUUUGCUGAUGAUAAUGUGAUUGUAGCCCAGCCAGCAAAUGCAAGGUUUGCUGCUCCUCCAGUUCAGGACCCGCAACAACGCUGAUCACCACUGCUCCAAAACACUUCAGCCAAUGAAGACUACUUGCAUUUAGAGGCAAGUGCAUAUUACUCCGAUGAGCUUCUUAAAAUAGUAAUAGUAUCUUGACAGUUGGUUGAAUACAUGAUUCAUAUACUUACUCUUGUAAAAGCUUUUGACUCAUCUGAUAUUUUUGUAUAAAAGAUAAUAUUUUGUAGUUCUUCAAUUUGCACGUCUGUAUAUAUAUAUGUUCAUGUUGAGCGCUAAUCAAGUUGCCAGCCAAAUUUGGAAGACCUGCAUUGACAGUACUUUUAUGGUUUACUGAAAUAUUUUUCAUAUACA